CUAAAUUAUUCAAACUAUGUAUCACUAACCCAUUUGACGCUGAUUGUGAGAGUGAUGAGACGGGUCGGUUGAAGAAGCUGUAAAAACCGACCUGAUGCAUCAUCCUCCGGUCAUCAGAAUGGCAUCGGAGUACAUUGCGCGACAGAAAACGAUGACCAUCGCCGAGUAUGCCAGUCUCUGGAAGCAGAGCGAGCAGAUGGGCCGGGAGGGGUCCAACGACUCUGGGAACGGUCAGGAAGAUCGCAUGGUCCAUCACAUUGUAGGCAAAGCGUGGAUCAUCUCCGAAGCUCAGGGGCCCUGCCGAAUCUCACGGAAAUCGCCUUCUUCGCGGAGAAGAGCACCCCCGUCUCGCUGCUCCAACGGCAACCGGGCCAACUCCCGCUCCGAGAAUAGCAGCGACAGCUCCAUCGAUGUGUACCAGCUUGUGCAGCGUGCCAUGCGCAACUGGCUCUUCCACCAGGAAGGCCACGGCGGCAGGUCGAGGCGCUGGCUGGGCAGCUCCCAUUCCCGGCGCCGCAGAUACACUGGGCGGUUCGGGAACAGCACCUCCAGCAUGCGGAGUCCGUCGUGCAGCACGUCGAGCUAGCUACAAAUAGGGGGGCUCAAUUAGGCAAAUAGGUCUUGAAUUGAAUCGAAUAUAUUGACUUUGGGUUACAGACUCUUUGAGGGAUUCUGAUCGG